GUUUCCAGCCCGCGCGCGCUCGUGGGUCCUGCUGGUGAGGGGCUGAGGGGAGCAGCGGCCGCCAUGUCGGCUCCGGUGGCGGAGGCUGCGGAAGCGGCGGGCCCGGCCGAGAAGCGCCCGGACCUCGUGGAUCUCCUGGAACGCUGCGGGGGCUGCCGGGAGCUGCUGCAGGCCAAGAGUGAACCGCGGUUGUUGCCCUGCCUGCACUCGGUGUGUCGGCAGUGCCUGCAGACCGGCCCGGGGCCUGCUACCGACUCCGAGCCGGGCGGGCAAGUGGUCGACUGCCCCAUCUGCAAGCACCAGUGUCCUUUGCAGGAUGUGGUAGAGAAUUACUUCCUCAAAGACAAAGGAGCAGAGACAGCUGAUGCCAACCAGGCCUCCUUUCAGUGCUGCACCAGCUGCGAAGACAAUGCUCCUGCCACCAGCUUCUGCGUGGAGUGCUCGGAGCCACUCUGUGAUACCUGCGUGGAGGCCCACCAGCGGGUCAAGUACACCAAGGACCACACGGUGCGAGCAGCAGGCAACACCAAGGUGAAGGAGGUGGAGCAUACUGUGUACUGCUCCGUGCACAAGCAGGAGCCACUGGUGAUCUUCUGUGACACGUGUGACACGCUCACCUGCCGCGACUGCCAGCUCAACGUGCACAAGGACCAUCAGUAUCAGUUCCUGGAGGACGCGGUGAAGAACCAGCGCAAGAUGCUGGCCACGCUGGUGAAGCGCCUGGGCGACAAGCACGCCAGCCUGCAGCGCUCCACCAAGGAAGUGCGCAGCUCCAUCCGCCAGGUGUCUGAUGUGCAGAAGCGGGUGCAGGUGGACGUGAAGACGGCCAUCCUGCACAUCAUGAAGGAGCUCAACAAGCGCGGCAAGGUGCUGGUGAGCGACGCCCAGAAGGUGACGGAGGGGCAGCAGGAGAAGCUGGAGCGGCAGCACUGGGCCAUGACCAAGCUGCAGAGGCACCAGGAGCACGUCCUGCGCUUCACCUCCUGGGCCCUGGAGAGCGAAAACACCACGGCGCUGCUCCUCUCCAAGAAACUGAUCCACUUCCAGCUCCAACGUGCCCUCAAGAUGAUCGUGGACCCGGUGGAGCCGCAGGGUGACAUGAAGUUCCAGUGGGAUCCUAACGCCUGGACCAAGAGUGCUGAGAGCUUUGGCACCAUCGUGUCGGAGAACAGCCUCCUCCCACCGUCCCUCAGCCCCCAGCCGCCGACUGCCAGCCCCACUUCAGGCCCCUCACAGGGUUCCCUGAAAGCCACAGUGGUGAGCAAAGGGCAGUGUGCCCCCAGCCCCCUCCUGCAGUCCCCCAAAGCACCCCAGCCCGACAACAAGCAAGGGCAGGAGACCCCUGGCACCCCCCAAGCUGGCGAGGAGGGGGUGGGGACACCAGACAUGCCUCGGUGUCCCUUGGGAACUGAGGGUUCUGACCUGUCCCCCCCCCACCUCGAACCUCAGGUGUCUGAGACCCCCAAGGAUGCCAACGUGGAGCUGGCAGGUAAUGCCUCUCCUGAAGCUGCUGGCACAGGAGUGAAGAGGAGAAGACGUGUUAAUCCUCCUCACCAGGAGGUGGAAGAGAAGUUUGUUCCAAAGCUGCUCGUUAAGCGGAGCCACCCCUCAGGGGGCCCCCUGCUCCGCAAAGUGCCGCGGGUCAGCCUGGAGCGCCUGGAGCUGGACCUGUCGGGGGAGGUGCAGCCCCCCGUCUUCCGCGUCUUCCCCGGCACCUCGGCUGAGGAGUUCAGCCUCAUCGUCAUUGAGCGGGGGGCACAGCCCCAGCCCGCUCCUCCCCCCCUACCUACUGUCAAGGAGGAGCAGAAGGAAUUGUCCAUCGGAGACGCCGAGGACAUCAAACCUGUGGGGCUGCCUCCCGAGCCCCCCAGCCGGGUGGUGGGAGCACCUGAAAUCCCCCCGGCACCCAGCGUUGCCCCCCCAGGGACCCACCGCAACGUCUCCUGCUGCCGGGUCUGCUGCCAGGCCGGUGCUGUGGUGAUGUGUGACCUCUGCGAGCGCUGCUACCACCUCGACUGCCACCUCCCCGUCCUCCAGGUGGUCCCCAGCCACGACUGGCGCUGCCUGCUGUGCCAGGACCUGCCACCCCCCACUGAAGAACUCACCAACGGCGGUCCCGAGGAGGGCCAGCUCCCCACGCUCUGCCCCACGGACCAGCAGAAGUGCGAGCGCGUGCUACUGGAGCUGCUGUGCCACGAGCCCUGCCGCCCCCUGCACCGCCUUUCCAGCUCCAUGGGGAGCAGCGACGCCAUCGACCUGACCCUGAUCCGUGCCAAGCUGCAGGGGAAGCUCUCCCCCGGCUACACCUGCCCCGAGGAGUUCACCAGCGACAUCGGUCGCAUGAUCCGGCAGUUCAACCACCUGACAGAGGACAAAGCCGACGUGCAGUCCAUCCUGGGCGUGCAGCGCUUCUUCGAGGAGCAGCUCAGCGCUGCCUUCGGCAGCCGCAGCUUCUCCACCCUCCUGGAUGCCAGCAUGCCCAGGGAAGGGGCUGAAGUCUCCGCAGCAGCCCCCCCCACCCCCCUCCCUGCCCCUCCUCUGGCCCCCUGAGCCUCCUCGCAUUGCUCUGGGCUGGUGGAUAGAGUGGAGCUGAGCGGGUGGGCCUGACAUCCUCAGCGACCAGCAGGAGGGGCGAGGCAGGGGUAUCCCCGUGUUUCCCCCGGGGCUGUGGGGCUCUCCCUGCAAUCCGUGUUUUUUUUUUUUUUCCCCCCCAUCCUGUGGGGCUGUGCUGUUUCACCCCUCCUCUUGUGUUUGUGGGGUAGACCUGGUGUCCUCAGAAACAGGAGGGCUGGGAGGUGAGGGCCUCCUUGUGCCCCCUCUGCCCAUCGUGGCUGGCCCCCUGGUGUUUUAUUUGGGUUCUGUUUUUCUUUUUUUUUUCCCCUCUCCCAUGGGUCUGUCCUGUGCCCCCCCCACCGCCGCGAAUACGGGGCCAUCCCAUUCUUAUGGAGGUUUUCCCUCUUCCUUUUAUUGGGAGUGCCCCCCUCUAUCUUUAUGGUAUUAAUAAAUAAAGUUAUUUCUUAAUCUCUUGGA